CAAGAUUUUAAGAAAUGAUUUAUUUUUGUAAUAGAUUAUGGGAUUGAGUCGUGACAGUGAUAACGGAAAGUCUAACAAAGUCACACAGUGUCCGAAACUGAAGGUGUUCAAAAUGAUGGAGCAGAAAGAUCUCGAUCCUGAAAAAAUUAGGCUUCUGAAACAGAAGCAAAAAGAGAAGAAGAAGAAAUAUUCCGAAUCCAGAUCCAAAAUUGCUCAGGAUCUCUAUGAAUCUAGCAGUACAGAGAGAUUUCAACAGCCGAAACGAAAGUCGAGCACUGCAGUUCAGGAUAAGGAAAGAUUUGACUAUGGGCGUCAAGAUGUUUUUGAGGAUCGACAAGAUAAACUCAAAGAGUCGCCUUCACGUGUAUCUUGUGCAUUAAAGAAGCUUCUCGGCUCAGAAUACGCUUGUGCCGGGUGUUUUGCCCUCAUCUUCCUGGUGACUAUAGUGGCUGGUCUGCUGCUGGUGUUCAAAGUGAUGUCAUCGACUAGUGACAUGACAGGAGACGAUAGCGUGAAGGUGCAUAGUGCCAAAGGGAAGAGGCAGAGCGAUGAUUACGACAUCUUUGGAGGAAGGAGAUACAGAAGAAAAAUCUUAGAUGAUGGCUAUCAAUUUCCCAUUUAUUCUGCAGCUACGGAUAAAAAUGAAUUUGGUUACACGUCGGACUUAUCCGAACAGUCUUCUUAUGAUGACAUAACCAAUAUAAUGAAUGGCGCUGAAAUUAUGGAUUCUGAUAAUGAAAAACUUCGAGAUUUUUAUAAAAAACUAAUUGAAACAGAUGCGGAGAUUAAAAGAGUUAAACAAAAUCUUCAAAUAAAUAUCAGAAAAUAUGAUAAACAGGAAUUAGAGCGAAUUAAACGGUCCUUAAAGAAAACACAAUCUGGUCCUAUGAAACAAAGACAUCAGGGAAAUAAACGUUUAAAUAUAAGAAGUAACAGGCAAAGUAAUAGUACUGAUGACGGUUAUGGUAUUGUAAUUCAAGAACAAGAAGUUAUUGUAUACGGACCCAAAAAAUCUGGAAAAAAUAACCACAGAAAGUUUUAUAAAAAGCAUUACAAGCACUCGGUUUGUAAUCAUAAACAAAAGAUUGCCAGACAAAAUAACAUGUCCAAAAACAACUUUAAAAUCUUAAAAGAAGAGAAAAAUCACUUUAAUAAUACAGAGAUAAUUACUACCAAAUAUGAUAGAGAUAAUAUUGUAAAUGCUGUACAAAAAGACGUAGAUAUGAUUUAUUUACCUUCUUUUGAAAGCUUGCAUAUUCUUUCAAACAUCACGUAA